CGGAAGUAUGGGGCUGAGCACCGGAAGUGCAGGGCGGGCGCGGGGACCUAGCGAAGGGCUGAGGACUUGGUCCGGGUCGGGGUCGGGGUCGGGGUCGGGGUCGGGUCGGGUCGGGUAGGCUCGGGUCGCGGCUCCGGGCUGCAGCCAUGAGGCGGGACGUGCGCAUCCUGUUACUGGGCGAGGCCCAGGUGGGGAAGACGUCGCUGAUCCUGUCCCUGGUGGGCGAGGAGUUCCCCGAGGAGGUCCCUUCCCGCGCGGAGGAGAUCACGAUCCCCGCGGACGUCACCCCGGAGAAGGUGCCCACCCACAUCGUGGACUACUCAGAAGCCGAGCAGACGGACGAGGAGCUGCGGGAGGAGAUCCACAAGGCGAACGUGGUGUGCAUGGUGUAUGACGUCUCUGAGGAGGCCACCAUUGAGAAGAUUCGAACUAAAUGGGUCCCGCUGGUGAAUGGGGGGAGCACGAGGGAGUCCAGGGUGCCCAUCAUCCUAGUGGGCAACAAGUCAGACCUGCGGCCGGGGAGCUCCAUGGAGGCCGUGCUUCCCAUCAUGAGCCAGUUUCCUGAGAUAGAGACUUGUGUGGAGUGUUCAGCCAAGAACCUGAGGAACAUCUCAGAGCUGUUUUACUAUGCCCAGAAGGCAGUCCUGCACCCCACAGCCCCCCUCUAUGACCCUGAGGCCAAGCAGUUGAGGCCCGCGUGCACCCAGGCCCUGACGCGCAUCUUCAGGCUCUCAGAUCAGGACCUGGACCAGGCACUCAGUGACGAGGAGCUCAACGCCUUCCAGAAAUCCUGUUUCGGGCACCCCUUGGCUCCGCAGGCCCUGGAGGACGUGAAGAUGGUGGUGUGCAAGCAUGUGGCUGGCGGUGUGUGGGACGGCCGGCUGACCCUGGAUGGUUUCCUCUUCCUGAACACGCUCUUCAUCCAGCGUGGCCGGCACGAGACUACGUGGACCAUCCUGAGGCACUUUGGCUACAGUGAUGCACUGGAGCUGACGGCCGACUACCUCUUUCCUCCGCUCCACGUGCCCCCCGGCUGCAGCACUGAGCUCAGCCACCUCGGCUACCAGUUUGUGCAGAGGGUGUUUGAGAAGCACGAUCAGGACCGCGACGGCGCCCUCUCGCCUGUGGAGCUGCAGAGCCUCUUCAGUGUGUUCCCGGCAGCCCCCUGGGGCCCUGAGCUUGCGCGCACGGUCCGCACGGAGGCCGACCGGCUGCCUCUGCACGGAUACCUCUGCCAGUGGACUCUGGUGACCUACCUGGACGUCCGGAGCUGCCUCGGGCAUCUGGGCUACCUGGGCUACCCCACCCUCUGCGAGCAAGACUCCCAGACCCGCGCCAUCACAGUCACCCGUGAGAAGACACUGGACCAGGAGAAGGGACAGACGCAGCGGAGUGUCCUCCUGUGCAAGGUGGUAGGGGCCCGUGGAGUGGGCAAGUCCGCCUUCCUGCAGGCCUUCCUCGGCCGCAGCCUGAGGCACCAGGACCCCAGGGAGGAGCCUCCCGGCUACACCAUCGACACGGUGCAGGUCAACGGGCAGGAGAAGUACCUGAUCUUGUGUGAGGUGGGCCCAGAGGGCCUGCUGGCCACGUCGCUGGACGCCGCCUGUGACGUCGCCUGCUUGAUGUUUGAUGGCAGUCACCCAGAGACCUUUGCACACUGUGCCAGCGUCUAUAAGCGACAUUACAUGGAUGGGCAGACGCCCUGCCUCUUCGUCUCCUCCAAGGCGGACCUGCCCGAAGGUGUCCUGCCGGCUGGUCUGUCGCCGGCCGAGUUCUGCCGCAAGCACCGGCUGCCUGCUCCGGUGCCAUUCUCCUGUGCCGGCCCAGCCGAGCCCAGCGCUGUCAUCUUCACCCAGCUUGCCACCAUGGCCGCCUUCCCACACUUGGUCUACACAGAGCUGCGUCCCUCCUCCUCCUUCUGGCUCCGGGGGCUGCUGGGGGUUGUCGGGGCUGCCGUGGCCGCUGUCCUCAGCUUCUCACUCUACAGGGUCCUGGUGAAGAGCCAGUGAGGGCCCUGACACCCAAGCCCCUCUCAACCUGGGUGUGGCUCUGCUGGGGCAGCACAGCUGGGUGCAGGCCAGGCCGCCGCGCUGGGAACACCCUUCUGCUGCCUUUCUGCUUCUAAAGGCAGGUCUGUGUCUGCAGCGGGGCCUCGUGCUGCCACACACUGCCCUGGCUCCUCUCCGACCCCCAGGGUUCCGCUGGGCCAUCGGAGCCAUGGCAGCUGAGCAGGAGUCCCGAGUGUCAGCCAUGCUGUCAGGCAUUGCCCACCUCGGGAGGACAUGUAUUGGGUUGGGGAGCACGGGUGUGGAAGCUGGUGACCCCACACCUGGAAUUCUCAGGGUUCUACCUGCUUUUCUGGUCCUGGGUGGCCAGUGGAUAUGAGGAGGGCUGGGAGGCGGAGCUGUGGGUAGGGUCUCCCCCCUCCCUCGUAUUUGGAGACGUCUCCAUGGUUGCAGCUACGGCAGAGGACAGGAGGUUGGGCUUCCCGAUUAAACUUCACUGUGUCUUUCCCAUAUCCCGGACCCCAGUCUCUGAAGACAACUUACCUUGAA